AAAACCUACUUAAUCUUAAAGAUUGAAAAAACAUAUUCCUGCCUUGCCAAACACAUGCAUGUAUAAAAAAUUCAAGAAAUCUUAAAUUAAUCAUACGAUUGAUUCUCAAUAAGAUCUUGUCUUCUAAUUUUCUGCAAUUGUAUGCCAUGUGCACUUAUAAAAUGUUAGUUUCGAUCUGAUCCGUUCGAUUAACACUACCGCGCCGCGCGUACCAAUCUCACCUACUGUUCCUUGUGUUGACUAUACUCUUGUAUUUAAACGUGAUCGAGUGAGAGUGGCGGAGGAAACCAUAUAUAUGCGUCAAACUCUUAUUAACUCUUGAGCUUAAUUCAAUCUCCAAAACUGUAGCGCAUAUUUUCUUCACAAACCAUAUGGACAUGGCUUCCGAUUCACUAUCCAUCUUAACCGAAAACGAACACAAACCAUUGCCAAUCUCAACACCGAAACGAGAACAAAUUGAUCGCCCAAAUUCACCCUCGAAGCCAUGUUCCUUCAUCUCUCUCGUUAUCUCCUCCUCCGUCGCUCUCUCUGCAACCAUCGCCCUUGCCUUUCUCUUCUUCUCCACCUCAACCGCCACCUCAUCAUCAGUCAACCCCGUUUCCACCGACCAUCAUUCGGUCUCGAAAUCUCUCUCGAAGCUCAAACGCCCCGUCGUUAUAAUAGUUUCCUUCGACGGGUUCCGGUUCGGGUACCAAUACAAAACGGAUACUCCGAACAUCGACCGGCUGAUCAAAAACGGAACCGAAACUGAGCUAGGACUAAUCCCCGUUUUCCCAACCCUAACUUUCCCCAACCACUACUCCAUAGCCACCGGCUUGUACCCAACUUCCCACGGCAUCAUUAACAAUAAGUUCACCGAUCCGACUACGGGAGAACAAUUCACCCUCCGAAGCCGCGAGCCGAAGUGGUGGCUCGGUGAGCCGCUCUGGGAGACUGUUGCUAACCACGGCUUGAAAGCAGCCACUUAUUUCUGGCCCGGCUCGGACGUGAAAAAGGGUUCUUGGAUUUGCCCGAAGGACUAUUGCAUGUUGUACAAUAGUUCCGUCACUUUCGAAGAGAGGGUCGACACCGUUUUGAACUACUUCGAUUUAACUAGCGACGAAAUUCCGUCGCUAAUGGCGUUGUACCUCGAGGACCCAGAUAGUCAGGGCCACGAAGUGGGGCCCGACGACCCUAGGGUUACGGAAUCGGUCGCUAAUGUCGAUAAAUUGGUCGGAAGAUUGAUAACCGGUUUGGAGAAAAGAGGAAGCUUUGAGGACGUGCAUAUUAUUAUGGUUGGUGAUCACGGCAUGGUUGGCACGUGCGACAAGAAGUUGAUAUUCUUAGACGAUCUUCUUAAGUGGAUCGACAUUCCGACGGAAUGGGUUCAAUCCUACACUCCGUUGCUCGCGAUUCGCCCGCCGGCCAAUUAUUCGUCGGCAAAUGUCGUCGCUAAAAUGAACAAGGGAUUGAAAUCGGGUAACGUGACUAACGGCGAGUAUCUAAGGGUUUACUUGAAGGAGGAUUUGCCUAGUAGAUUGCACUAUUCGGACAGCGAGCGGGUCCCACCGAUAAUCGGGUUGGUUGCGGAAGGGUUUAAAAUAGAGCAGACGAAUUCAGGAAUUCAAGAGUGUGCAGGUGCACACGGAUACGACAACGCGUAUUUUUCAAUGAGGACUAUAUUUAUUGGGCAUGGACCAAGAUUUGCAAGGGGUAAGAAGAUUCAAUCUUUUGAGAAUGUUGAGAUAUAUAAUUUGGUUACUAAAAUACUAAAGAUUAAAGGAGCUUCCAAUAAUGGGACUAAGUCUUUUGCAAAAGAUGUUCUUUUGCCUAGCCGUUGAAUUUGU